AUGGAAGUCUUGGACAACCAAGGCGUCCCUAUUCAGUACAUAAAGGUACUUCGAGAGUCGUACAGUAACUUCACUACCGGAAUUUCGCCAUUCUACAAGAAUAUCAUCCCUGACGUGAAGAGAGGGAUCCGACAGGGUGAUACAAUCUCACCCAAACUAUUCACAGCCACCCUCGAGAACGCAAUGCGAAAAUUGGAAUGGGACGACAUAGGAGUGAAGGUUGAUGGUCUGAAUUCGACGAAACAUGUGGAUGCAUCGGUCUUCAGCUGA